AUGGGUCAGCGCCUGAGUGAGGAAGGGGAUCCCGACAAGGAAAUUGACGCGGCCGAGCUGCAGGAGUGGUACAAAAAGUUUGUGGUGGAGUGUCCGAGCGGAACUCUCUUCCAUCACGAGUUCAAGAGCUUCUUUGGCGUCACUGAGAACAAGGAGGCCGCAGAUUACAUCGAAAACAUGUUCCGAGCUUUUGACAAGAACGGAGACAACACCAUUGAUUUCCUGGAGUAUGUUGCAGCCUUGAACUUAGUCCUGAGGGGUAAACUGGAACAUAAGCUGAAAUGGACUUUCAAAAUGUACGAUAAAGAUGGAAGUGGAUGCAUUGACAAAACAGAGCUUCUGGAAAUUGUGGAGUCUAUCUAUCGCCUGAAGAAAGCCUGCCAUGGACAGCUGGAUGGAGAUUGCAAUCUGCUGAGCCCAGAUCAAGUGGUUGACCGCAUAUUCGAGCUGGUUGAUGAAAAUGGAGAUGGGGAGCUCUCGCUGGAUGAGUUCAUCGAUGGGGCACGGAGGGACAAGUGGGUGAUGAAGAUGCUGCAGAUGGACGUGAACCCCGGGGACUGGAUUAACGAGCGGAGACGCAGUGCGAACUUCUGA